UGAGCGCCCAGGCGGCUUUAUGUCACCUGUGUUGCCGCCCGUUUGGGCGGCUCGAGGGCACGAGAGCGCCGUACGUGAUUGCGUGCGGUCAUGUCCUCUGCGUGGAGUGUUCAAGCGAAGCGAAGGGGCUGUGUCCUAUAUGUGCCACAGCAAUCAACGAGAACAGCUACCAUCGUUUCCUUGUUCUCGUUCACCAACCCGUCGACUCUGACAGACUACGGGAUGUCUCCAUAGGCGUUGAUGACGACCCCCACGUCGCUUCGAGACUUUUAGAUGCCAUCUCUCGGGUGGACGACCUCACAACAACUCCGCAUAUCCGUCGUUUACACCAUACAGCAUACGCUUUCCUGCAAGGACGACCUCGUAACUGCGAUAAAGAUCUUGAGACCAAUGUCCGGCUCCUUGGAUGCAUCUUGCAAGCGAAGGAGACUAUCCACCUCCAAAGCGAGAUAACAAAUGAAUUAACGAGCAAGAUUGAAGAAUUACACUCGGAGAAUGACCAUCUUCGUCGCCAGCUCGAUGAAGUGAGGAGAUUAUACGACGAGGAGAAGGAGUGCGUGCGCGAGGUACAAGUUCACAUUUCUGAUUAUAUGAGGACACAUCCGGAAGUUGACCUCAUGAUGGACGAAAUAAUCGCCUUCCGGAACGAGAUCAACGAGCUGCGAGCUGCCCUCGCCGUACUCGGAUCAAGCGACACGUCCGCUCAUUCGACACCGUCCACUCCCUCGCUAACGGACAUGGAAGAGUCUGACCCUCCCUCAGCCACGGUACUCGCAAUGCCUUUUACGCCUGACGAAACAACCAUGGACACGAGCCAGCUUCUUGCAAGCCCGCUCUUCAUUCCGGCACUUCCAGAUAUCGGGCGCGAACACGAAGAUAACUGCCUCGAUAUCGACUCGGACUUGGACUUGGAGAGGCUCCGACCGGAUUUGUAUACCAAGCCGACAGUGCAGGUUCCGAGUCGAGAAGCGCAGCGAGAAGCAGUCAUUUCACACUUACAGCCACGUCUCAAUGAAGACCCGCAUCGCAUUUCUUUUUGCAGUGGCGCUGGAGGUGAGGGCCGACGAAGGACGGGGUACGUUUCCACAGAAGGUCAGGGUGCUUUGGCGUUACACUUUCAAGGCGGUCAGUCGGGAAGCCCCAGAGUAGGAACACUGAGACCAGACGACAACAGGGGAUCAGAUAACAACGCCUCGAUGGCCUCGUCAUAUACCACGGCAAGUGAUGGCAUUGAUGAGAGGACACCCGCUGGGGAGGGGUUCAGGAAACGAGAAUGCCCAAUCGUUUUGGUCACGACAACUCCCUCUCCUUUGUCUGUUUCUCGGGAAGAAGACUUGACCGACGCUCAUCCCCCUCGCUCGUAUAGUGCUCGAGACACUCUCCAAGUCCACUUCAAACACGAGCCUGACCUGGUCGUCGACUAUGGUUCUGGCUCUUAUGCAUCCGGCGAGCUGCCCCCGGAAGUAGAGGAGGAAGGAGACGCCGCCACAGAAGCUGAAGCAGAUCGCUUCAUGUCCCUCUCGACGUCCUCGAUCACGCUCCUCAGGACGCCGCACAACGAGAUGCUGAAUGACACGGAGGACCCCCAGAUUCGACUGCACGAUCUCUUGCAUGGUGUCGGCUCUCAUACUCCUGCUCCUCCUUUUUCUGGUGCCCUUGGUCUACCGCUUCCAUCACUUCUUCAUGGAGACAAUUUAAACUCCAUGCCUCCGUCUCUUCUAUCCUCUACAGGUACUCGAGUCUCUCACAGGGACGAUAUGCCCACCGUCCGCGCAACAAGACGGAGGACACACCCUCGCAUGGACGCCUCACAGAUCUCUCAGCACGUCGUCGACGAAAUGCGCAAGGCGCUCAUCGAAGUCGUCUCCAGAAUUUUCAUGCAGCUCGUUUCGGAUGAUACUCCUUUGCCCAGCUCCAGCUCUCUAUCUGCUGCUCUCGUCAUGGAUGAAGGUACUCACACCGAUGAUACUCAGCACGCAGACCUAUUUUGUGCGCUGAAUGAAGAAAUUUCGCCUCAGCUGGGCGAUAGCGCCGUGCGGUACGAGGAGGAGGGCCGGGAGAGUGAUGGAGGUCAUGCCACUUAAU